AUGGACUACACCAUGGAGGACACACAGAACUCGGCCCCCGACGCCCACGAAGCGUCCAAGCUCAACCCGUCCGCGCAGAGGACCGACACUCAGGGCGUCACUAAGCGCCGAGCUGAUGCAACUGAUGCUCUCGCCGUCGCCGGGCAUCUCCGCCUUCCCGACGCCGACGGCAACCUCCUCUCCUGGACCGCCACCAUCACCGGCCCAACCGAGACGCCCUACGAAGGCCUCACCUUCCGACUCUCGUUCGCCUUCCCCAACAACUACCCCUACACAGCGCCGACUGUCCUCUUCAAGACCCCCAUCUACCAUCCCAACGUCGACUUCUCCGGCCGCAUCUGUCUCGACAUCCUCAAGGACAAGUGGAGUGCCGUUUACAACGUCCAGAGCGUCCUCCUGAGUCUGCAGAGUCUGCUUGGCGAACCCAACAACGCGAGCCCCCUCAACGCCCAAGCCGCCGAACUCUGGGACACCGACCAGGAGGAAUACAAGCGCCACGUCCUCGCCCGUCAUCGCGACAUCGAAGACAUCGAGUAA